AUGUCGGGUUCAUACGAUAACACGGUACGGCUCUGGGACCCAACGACCAGCGCGCUUACUCAGACGCUCAAAGGUCAUUCAGACUGCGUUCAUUCGGUGGUCUUCUCGCCUGACAGUCGGCUACUAGCAUCAAGUUCUGAAGAUGAGACAGUGCGGCUCUGGGACCCGGCAACAGGCGCGCUCACCCAGACGCUCGAAGGCCACUUUGGCUCAGUUAAAUCGAUGGCCUUCUCGCCUAACGGCCGGCUGCUGCUGUCCGGCUCUGACGAUAACACAGUUCGGAUCUGGGACCCGCUGACAGGUGCGCUCAUCCGGACGCUUGAAGGCCACUUGGGUUCGGUUAACUCGGUAGCCUUUUCGCCCGACGGCCAGCUCCUAGCGUCCGGCUCUGACGAUAACACAGUGCGACUCUGGGGCCUGGCGACGGGUGCGCUCACCCGGACGCUUGAAGGCCAUUCGGGUUCAGUUUACUCAGUGGCCUUUUCAUCCGACGGCCGGUUGUUGGCGUCCGGCUCAAUCGAUAACACAGUACGGCUCUGGGACCCGGCGACGAGCGCGCUCACCCAAACAUGGAAUGCUGGAAAAAGUGUUACUGCGGUGGAAUUUUCUGAUAACAAUCUAUAUCUCCACACCGACUCCGGUGCGCUUGCCAUUCAAUCCAAGCGUGACAUUCCUACACGUACUCGGUCUCACGCGAGUUCGGGUAUCUCUUUUGAGGGGGAUCAAUGGUUAAAAUUGAAUGGUGAGAAGGUUCUCUGGCUUCCUGUUGAGUUUCGGCCCAGCCAUUUCAAGGUUAAUGGGAACACACUUGCCCUGGGGCAUACAUCAGGGCGGAUUUCCUUUAUCGGGUUUCAUAUAUAG